AUGGCCAUCAAUCUAAAAGAGAAAUAUGCCCAGGAGCGUCAGAAACGCAUCAAUCCAAAGGGAAUAGCCCAAUACAUCGAUAUUCGUUCUCCCGAGGUUCAAGACCUUGCCCAGGAUCCAUGGGUAGACUACGAGACUCUGGCCAAGACGGACCCUCCAGUACGAGACGGCGACGCAAUCAAGUUCCUUAUUUGCGGCGCAGGUCACAAUGGUAUUCUCUCUGCAGUCCGCCUGAUUGAUGCUGGUUUCAACCCUAAGGAUAUCGUCCUCGUCGAUAUUGCUGGAGGAUACGGGGGCACCUGGUACUGGAACCGCUACCCCGGGCUGAUGUGUGAUGUGGAAGGCUACUGUUACCUGCCAUUGCUGGAGGAGACAGGUUAUGUACCCAAGCACAAGUACUCAUUUGGUGCCGAGAUAAGGCGCAAUGUAGAAUUGAUCGCCUCCCACUAUGGUCUCCAGGGACUGUUCUCCACUAAGGUGGACCGUCAAGUAUGGGAUGAAACAAAGGGCCGCUGGAUCAUCGACCUCACUCAAUCAUUCGGAUCCAUCCGUCCGCCUACUAAAUUUACCGUGAACGCUCAAUUCGUCUUCAUGGCUGGAGGUGUUCUCGCCGUCCCCAAGGUACCCAAGUUGCCAGGUUUUUCCGACUUCCGUAAGGACCAUCAUGUAUUCCACACUUCUCGAUGGGACUACACGAUUACCGGAGGCAGCCAAGAGCGACCUGACAUGACCAAGCUACAAGGCAAAACAGUCGCCAUCAUAGGCACAGGAGCAACAUCAGUCCAAGCUGUACCUGAGCUCGCCAAGUGGGCAAAGCACCUCUACGUCGUGCAACGCACUCCCUCUUACUGUGGCGAACGUGGUCAAAAAGAAACAACUGCCGAAGAUUGGGCCCAGGUGGCAGUUGGAUCUGGCUGGCAAGCACGGAGGCGUACAAACCUCAACAGCUACCUCAAUGCCAAUCCAGAGCCCGUUGACCUUGUCAACGAUGGCUGGAGCAGAAACCAAGCCCGAGCUGGUCUGAUAGGCGGUAACGCCUGGCCAGUCGAUCCCAAUACAAUCGAUGCACAUAUUCAGAAAUUGUUCGAGUUGGAUGGCCCAAUUGCAGAAGAGCUUCGCAGCCGCAUUGAUACCGUUGUCAAAGACCAAAACGUCGCCGAAAAGCUGAAGCCCUGGUAUUCCGGGUGGUGCAAACGACCCACUUUCAACGACAACUAUCUCGAGGCCUUCAACCGCGACAACGUCACACUCGUCGACACAGACGGCAAAGGCGUCACGAGCUACACGGAGCGAGGCAUCGUGAUCGGCGAUCGAGAAAAUCACAGUUGA